UAGUUUUAUUCUUGUUAGUAUCGAUACUAAAGAAAUUAGCAAAGUAAAUGUCAAAAAGAUGAUGAAGUAAUUAGCAAAGAAUAUCUUGAAAAACGAUACCAAAAAUGUUGGUGAAAAUGGACGUCAGUAUGGCGCAGAGAUUAGCAAAAAACAUGAUGAAAAAAUUUGCAAUGAUGAUAUUAAAGGCGAUAUUAAAAUGGAUGGCAAAAAAGAUGCAAAAGAAAUUAGUAAAGAAAAGAUUACAAAGGAUCUCAAAGAAAUUAGAGAUGAAAAUGCAAAAAAAAUUAAAAAUGUUAAAAUAGCUACCAUAAAAGAUGUCAAGAUGGAUAAAGAAACUGGCAAAGAAGAUGUCGAAAAUGACUUAAAAAAUAGACACCAAAAGAUAUGAGGCAUAAAUUAGUAAAGAACAUGACAAAGUAAUUAGUAAAAAUGAGCUCAAAAUGGAUGCCAAAGAAGUUGAAGCAGACAAUACCAAAGGAGAUGCCAAAAUAGUUAUCAUAGGCGAUUCUAAAAUUGGUACUAAGGAAGUUAAGACUGAAAUUAACAAAGAGCAUAACCAAGUAAUUAGUAAAGAUGAGGCCAAAAAGAAUGCCAAAGAAGAUGGGGCAAAAAUUAGUAAAGAAAAUGUCGAAAUGGAUUCCAAAAAGGAUGAGUUAGAAAUUAACUAAGAACAUAGCAUAGCAAUUAGUAAAGAUCAUGUCAAAACGGAUGUCAAAGAAGAUGGGGCAAAAAAUUAGUAAAGAAAAUUAAAAAAGAUAUAAAAAACGAUGUCUAGGAACUUGACCAAAGAAGUAAAAAGGAUGGUAAAGAUGAUGCCACAGAAAUUGCUGAAGUAGAUAUAAAACAAGAUGUUAAAAACGAUGUUAAAGUUGAUGCCAAAAGCGAUGUGAUGAUAGAAAUUAGCAAAGAAUCAAAAAUCUACGUAAAAUAUCAUAGGAAGUUCUGAUUUGAAGUUGAUUUGUUCAAAAUUGAAGGUGCUUUAACUGAUGUCCAAGACCACCAUACUAUUUCCAAAAAUUUUCAAGGAACUACUUGAAAAUGCCUGCAAUUUUAUGGAUUUAUUUCACUUAUUACUAGAUUAGCAAGAAGUUACCAAUCGUUUUUCUAAGACAAGACUUGAAGUCAUGAAUGUUUACGCAGUUCAUAAUUAUUUCAGAUUAUCGUCGAGAAUUUUCCAAGAUUUUGAAUAAUUUCCGAGUGCUGCUUAAGAAAAGCUGUUGGUAUUAAUACAGUAUAUUAACUGUGUUUGAAAUAUUUCCAAUAACUUAUGGAAAAGCUAGUUUCAAAAAGUUUCAGUAGAUUUCCUCAAACAUUUUCAGACUUUUUAAAAUUUUUUUAUUUAAGACAAUUUUUGCAAGAAUGUAGAUUAGAUCUAGGUAAUAAUGAAUAGGAAGGAUUGACUUCUUUUUGUCUUUUUUUAAGAACCUCAAGACAUUUUUAUUCAUUUGGUACAAUUUUGACACCCACUUUUUUAGCAAAUCAAAAUCAUCUUUAUCAUGUAUCAUAGACAUCUUAAUCAAUUAAAACCGUUCUGAUUCACACCAAUCAACUUUUCGUAUGUUCAUAAUUUUUUUAAUUUUCUGGAAAAUUUAUUUCUUAAUGUUAUUCACUUCUUUUGUUAUUUAUCAAAUAAUCUCAAGGUAUUUUAAUCAUUUAGUACCAUUUUGACACGCACCAACAAGCUUUUUCUAUUACGUAGUAUCUUGGAAACAAUGUCAAAAAUCAUUUUUUUAUAUUUUUCAUUACAAUUAAGUAUCCUAAAGAUAUUUUUAAUCAAAUAGGCUCCCACCAAUUAGUUUUUUUCAUAUUUUAGAGUCAUAGAAAAAAAUAUUUCUUCGUAUCAUAAACUUCUUAUGUCUUUUUGAAGUUAUUUUCGAAGUUACCCAAGUUAUUUUCAAUCAUUUUUUUCCAUUUUGACACACACCAACCAGCUUUUUUUAUUUUCCAUUUCUUUGGCACUCUUUUAGGAAACAGCAAAAUCAUUUUUUAUGAAAUUUUAGAGAUGUUUUUAGCCGAACAGAACCAUUUUGAUACACUUUUUCAUCAAAAUUCUAAGCCCCAUCAACUGGUAAAUCCAAAAUAAUUCGUUUUUUGUGAUUUUUUUGUAUUAUUCGAGACACUUAAGUAUUCUUUAUAAACGAUUGGUUAAAAAGGAAUGAUGAUUAAGUCAUUUUUGACAUUUGCCUCUCGGAUAUCUUAAGUUGUUAGGAAUUUCGAGUUCGUUUACUGCUACGAUUAGAGAGGCAAUCGGUGCGCGAUUGUUAUAAAUACUUGAAUGUGUAUCAAUUUGGAGGCCAGAGAAAUGAAAAGCGAACCACGGAGGAGGGAAUCGAAGCCGGCUUGUCAGUUCACUGUCAGCGGUUGCCGAGAUCGUGCGCGCGUUUCCCGUGUUGAUUCUGCGCAUAUCGUUUAUAAGAUUAACCGAGAAAAUGGUGUCACCGAAGUCUUGAAUCAAAAAAUUCUUAAAAAUACCUUAAAAAUGGCUUUAUUAAACUUUAGCCAUCCCUUUCCCGUUUCGCCCCCUUUUUUCACUCAACAUGGUUAUACAUAUCCUCGCCCCCCGAGUGCGUUUACCGCUGAAGAGGUAACCCAACCUCCCCCGGUUCCUUUAACACCCCCAACCUACACAAAAGUUCAAGCAGGAACCGGCUCAAAAACGCGGAUACACGCCGUCAUCGAUUACGACGAUGAUUAUUACGACGAUGGUGAUCCAAAUCAAAACGUAACUCCGCUUCAAGGGCCAAUUCUUCUUAAAAACGGUUCAGUUCCUGUCGUGCCACUUUAUUCAUACCCGCAAGUUAAUAACGGAACAUUUGUACAAAUCCCGAUAUUGUGGACCGCCUUAUCGUUAGCUUUAGGUGUAGAACUUCGUGGAAACCUAAUUCGAGGCGUACCAUGUUACAAAAGAGACUAUCAACUUUACUGCCCAACGGCGGGGAAUACUUAUCCUAUAGAUCGAAUAGAAUUAUUUAUAGAUGAAAAUAAAGCCCUAAUGAAACGGAUGUACGGGGAAUUCUCGAUGAAUUCCCCGCCCGAUUACAACUCUGCUGCGUCUCCGGGGACCAAAUCGAAGAGAUCCGUUAAACCCGGAGUUCCAGAUCUACACGCAGCCCCCGGACCAGAUCCCGUUUUUGACGAAUCCGAGACGAUGUUCGGAAAAAAUAGGGAGGUUCGACAAAAUUUUAACUUUAGGAAUAAAAGCGAAAGCGGAAGGGUAGAUGCUUGUGAGAGUAAAGUGGAGGUAAUCACACCGUUUUGGGCAUCGAAUUCAGCGGGGAAAGUACGUGCCAUUGUCAACACUCAACAUUUUGAGCAAGCGAUUCACCAGGAAGUUUGUUCGAAAGCGAGGACUUCGCGGUGCCAAGGGGAUUGCGGUUGCGAACAAAAGUACAAAUGGUAUCGAUUGUUGGCUUACGAUCCCGACAACGAUUGUCGCGGAAUUUUUAUGGAUUGGUUCCUGUUUCCUUCGUGCUGUGUCUGCCGGUGUAAUCCAACCUGAAAAUAAAAAUUAAAUUAAUAAAUAAAAUAAAAAUUAUUAAAUAUAAAAAAAUAAAACGUUCUCAUCAUGAUCAUCUCGCGUUUUCAUUUUAAAAAUAUUGUUUAGUGCCAAACUGAGACUCUCAAAAUGCAGUUACCAAUAAUAGUGCUAUUUUUUUAUUUUUUUAAUAGUAUUUUUUUAUGUGUAAGUUUUUUUUAAAUUUAUAAAUAAAUGGACAAAUAUUUAUAAUAUCAAUUUUUUGUAAUAAAUGAUUUAAUUUUAAUAAAUGGUUUCGCGUAUCCAAACAAUUUCAUGCGUUACAAC